UUCAAGAAUUAUUAUUUGUGCUAAAUGCUUUUAUAAAUCUUGGAGUGAUAUGUGGUUAAAAUGCAUCUAUGUUUUUGAGUUUUGGCGUUUGAAUCUUUGAAGUCUGUUAAGGGUUGGUUUUCUAGCAAAUUAGGUCAUGAAUCAAAUUUUUUGUGUGAGAUUUUAUUAAUUUUAGAAAAUGAGUGAUAAAUUUCUUGAAAUUCAGGUGUUUUUUGAGUAAUAACUAGGAGUACAUGAAUAUGAGGUUACAGUUAUGGACUCUGUUUCUGGUUGGUUUAUUGCAAAAUUAGACUCAAGAAUUGAAUUUCAAUAGUAUUUGGUUUUACUAUUAUGAUACAGUGACUGAUUUUUUUUCUGAUACUCAUAUAUUUGUGUAAUCACUACAACAAAACACGGUGUUUUACCGGGUGACAAAUUCGUCGGCAAACACCCCAAGUCCGCCGGCACAUAUACAGAUUGGUAUGUACUGGCGGGCGGCAGUCCUCCGAUAAAUCUGCCAGUAAAAUGCUUGUUUCUUGUAGAUUAGUUCAAUCGGGGAAUGAUAAAUGGGCAGAAAAGGAAAUUGGUUGUCUUCAGUUAAGAAGGCUUUCAGCCCAAAUUCUAAGAAAUCAAAGAGAGCCCAAAAAUCGAACAAUGUAUCGUUCGAGAAUGAGAAGCCAAUAGUUGCUGCUGACUCUCCCAAGCAGGAGACUAUUGAAGAAUCUCAUCCUCACCCUCUUCCGCCUUUGGAAGAUGUUAAGCUUGAGGAGGUGGAAGAUGAGCAGACAAGACAUGCAUACUCUGUUGCAGUUGCCUCGGCUGCAGCUGCUGAAGCUGCAGUAGCAGCAGCACAGGCUGCAGCUGAGGUGGUACGGCUGACCACUGUGUCUCAGUUUGCUGGAAAAUCUGCUGAGGAAGUGGCAGCUAUUAAAAUCCAGACUGCUUUCCGUGGCUACCAGGCAAGGAGGGCAUUACGGGCUCUAAGAGGGCUGGUCAGGCUGAAAUCACUCGUUGAUGGGCCCACUGUUAAACGCCAAACUGGAAAUACUCUAAAAUGCAUGCAGACUCUAUCUCGCGUGCAGUCUCAGAUUCAAUCCAGAAGACUGAGGAUGUUGGAGGAGAAUCGGGCACUCCAGAGACAGCUCCUGCAGAAACGUGCAAAAGAACUCGAGAGUUUGAGGAUGGGAGAGGAGUGGGAUGAUAGUCUACAGUCAAAGGAACAGAUUGAGGCGAACAUGCUGCACAAAUACGAAGCUGCAAUGAGGCGAGAAAGAGCCUUAGCUUACUCAUACACUCAUCAGCAAACGUGGAAGAAAUCGGCAAGGUCUCCCAACUUGCUGUUCAUGGACCCCACUAAUCCUCACUGGGGUUGGAGCUGGUUAGAGCGAUGGAUGGCUGCACGGCCAUGGGAGACUCCGAGCACAGCAGAUAAAGAUCUGAACAACGACCGUUCAUCAAUCAAGAGCGGUGGAAAUGGGACUGUUGGAGAAGUCACAAAGUCUUUUGCUCGUCAUCAACUCAACUCCGAGAUAUCACCAUCCUCACCAGCCAGCCAGAAACCUCCCAGCCACCCGUCCCCAGCAACCCCCCUAUCGAAGGCUGUAUCUUCGUCUAUGGCUUCCCGGAAACUGAAACCGGCGAGCCCAAGAGGCAGCGGGAUGAGUCAAGAAGAAGACUCUAGGAGCACCUUCAGCAUUCAGUCAGAACGGAAUAAUAGGAGGCACAGCAUUGCUGGCUCUUCAGUUAGAGACGACGAGAGCUUGGCGAGCUCUUCGUCCGUGCCAAGCUACAUGGUGAUGACACAGUCGGCAAAGGCCAAGUCGAGAUUGCCAAGCCCGUUAGGGCUGGAGAAUGGCACCACUACGCCGGAGAAAGGGUCAGCCAAGAAACGUCUCUCGUUCCCGGCUUCGCCUGCCAGACCAAGGCGACACUCUGGACCCCCGAGGGUCGAAACUAGCUCUGUCGCUGCCGACAAUGGCACAAAUGGGGAGCUCAGUUGAUGAAAAAAAUCAGUAAGAGCAUCUUUUAAUUUGGGUAGUUUUCAAUCCUAAAAUUGUCAUUCUUUGAAUUGGGGCUUGGUUUGAGAUUUUUUUUUCUGAGUCUUGAGUGAUUUUAUUUCAUUUUUUCCUAUAUAUUUGCAUUUGUUAUUUUUUCGCAUGUUGUUGAGGUUUGCCGUACUUGAUAACUAUUUUAGAGAAAGAAACUUGUUAACUGUUGCUUUGAGUGUAUCUUUGUGGAAAAUAUUACUACUAUUUCUUUUGUA